CCCCUCCCCAAGUCCUCACUCACCCCACACCCCGCUCUCCAGGACGCCCAUGUUGGCGCUCACGGCCCAGCCGCAUAGGACGAACAGCGCUGGGGGGCCGCUGGGCUCUAAAUCGGCCGUGGGUAGCCUUUCCCCGGAAGAGGCCUCCAUGGCGGCCGCCGCUACGGACUCACGCAGGUCCAGGCUUGCGCUGACGACGCGAGGCCUGGGGGCCGCCAUAUUGAGCAGUGGCUCGCGGCUGCGCAAGCGCGGAGCUGCCGGCCGCCAUCUUUGAUGAAGUUGGGGCGUACCACGGGACGCACUCUGCGGGGAGCGGGGAGCAAAAGGCCAGUCCCGCUGUUCGGGCGGCCACGAGCCUGCGAGCUCGUUCCUGGCUAGCAGGAUCAGUUAGAUACUCUGUUAUACGUGAAAUCCAUCCUCUUCCUGCGCAGGGGGGGCCCCAGAAGCAGAGUCGGUCGCGUCGUCCACCCCUUUGAGCUGUGCCGUUGGAAAAGGCCACUUUGCUUCCGGUGGCGGACUGGAUUUCCGGUCCGUGACCCUGGCGAGUCCUUCUCGGCCAGCAAGGAGGAGUCGGGCUUGCUGAAGCUCAAGCGGACACCAGACAUGGUGUGGGGGAGUGAUAAGAAGGCGCUGGAAGGCGGGAACCCCAAGAAGAAAGAUGAAGAAGAAGAAGAAGAGGAGGAAGAAGAGCAAGAAUUGGUGGACCCCCUGACCACCGUGAGGGAGUACUGUGAACAGAUAGAGAAAUGCGUUAAAGCCCGAGAGCGGCUAGAGACAUGCACGAACCGAGUAUCCUCGAGCCCCCACACUGAGGAGGACUGCACCGAGGAGCUGUUUGACUUCCUGCAUGCCCGAGACCACUGUGUGGCUCACACACUCUUUCAAAGUGUGAAAUAAGCAUCCGGCCGUGCCAACUGCUCCAGGCUUUGCCCCGUUGCGGGGUGACUCAGCGGCAUCAUUUCCCAUCACAAUCACCCUGGAUUGCAAACACUGCUGUAUGUGUGUCCUGUUAUUCUGCAUGAGGCUUUGUGGCCUAGGCUUGGGCCUGGAGCCCAUGUGACCCACAGAAAUUCCGUUGGAAUAAAACCCAGUCAUCUGUG